AUGUUCGUAGCACCAGCUCUCAUAGUUCAAGAAAGGUCGGAGAAUUCCGAGGAGGACAGCGACGAGGAAGGCUCUGGGGAUGUCCUCCAGAAACGUCGAGAAGAAUGCGAAAGAAAGGCGAGGCGAGGGGAAAUGGACCCCCGGCUGGAAUUCGCUUUCCAGCUCUUAAUGGAUGCGACUCAGUUGUCACGCCACGAGGUCAUGGAUCACGUUUUCGAGGGAGAUAUGCUGGACGAAAUCAAUCAACUAUUCGUACCGCACAUGAGGUCGACCCUGGUUUGGUAUUACCAAGAAGUGGAGGAGCCAGAAACGAUACGACCCCCAGAAACGAUACAAGCGAAAACGACUGGCACCAGACCAGGUCCAAACGCACCAGCGCCGAAAAUCAAAGAACAGAAAGAGACAAAAGAGCCAGCGAAGAAGAAGCUUUUUCUUACCGAUGGAUGGCAAGCUCCUUGCACUGGAAUAUGCAUCUACAUGUUUAGGAUCAGCAUCUCGAAGCAGCUGCCCGAAGAAGGCUUCCAGAAGGAUCUUUACACAGGCGUGAUAGACACGAAGAAAGUAGGAAUAAUAACAGCCAUACAACGAGUGGUCGAGUACGUCUUUAUGGACGCACUCGCGCAUCCCGGCUCUGAAGGCGAGGACGACUGUCCGAUGAUCAAGACUCUUCUACUGCCUGGCUUGAGAUCUUUCUGCAGCGCCUUGAAAGUUUGCGAGCAAGUGGCCCACGAGGGGCGCAUAUUCGACGACGACGAACUCUUGAUGGGCGAUGUGCACAACUUCGAGGAAGCGAAAGCGUUCGUGGCGAAGGAAAACGCUGUGAGUGUCACAGAGGCAAGAGUGGAAACGUGGAUCAAAAGGCUGAAGGACUUCAUGGUUGAAAGCAAACAAGUGAAACGGGAGAACGACAAUUCUGGACCGCAACAGGAACUCGAGUAUUGGAAACGAAGGGGGGCGCAGUUCAGUCAACUGGUCAAUAGACUUCAGGAUCACGAAAUAAGAAUGUCGCUUCUGUGCCUCCAAGUCGCGAGGUCGAAGUUGAUAAAAGAUUGGGUCGACGCCGAAGACGAAGUCACCUACUGUUACAACGAAGCUAAGGACAAUGCCAAGUUUAUCCAGGCGUUGGAGAAAUGCUGCCAUUGUCUCUACUUAGACGACCCGGUGAAAAUGCGAGAUUCCCUCGUGUCCUUACUGCAGACAGUGCGCCUGAUAUACAGUGUCUCGAGAUAUUACAACACGUCGGAGCGAACCAGUUCGUUGAUGAUAAAAAUCACGAAUCAAAUGAUCGUCGCGUGCAGAGACUAUGUAACAAAUAGAGGCCGUGAGACUGUCUGGGGCCAGGAUCGAGCCGCGGCACGAUCGAAACUAAAGCAUUGUUUGAGACUGAACAAAGCUUACAGGGAAACCUAUAGGCUGGUUCGUUGUUCGCCAGCUGUAACGGAGCAGGAGUUCUCUUUUUCGGAGACACACGUUUUUGGAAGGUUCGACUCCUUCUGCGACAGGAUAAGGAAAAUUUUGACCAUGUUCGAGUUGAUACAGGAUUACAAGAAUUUAUUUGAAAGACGAAUGGAGGGCCUACUGUUGGGAGAAGCAUUGGAUGACGCGAUAAAAACUUUCGAGGAAGCCGAAAACGUAGCUACUACGAGAUCGUACGACUAUUUGGACCCAAGAAACGCUGACUUUGACGCGGAUUACGAUUACUUCAUGGCAAAGACCGAUGCCCUGAAGCAGAACAUCGGCGGUAUCAUUGAGAAAAAUUAUGCGGACGUUUGGGAGACGCCUCAGGGUAUACGAUUUUUAACUCGAUUCGAAAAAGUCAGCGAAAAGAUACCGUUAACGAAGCUGGAUGAAAAAUACAACGUAGUGGUGAAAUACUGCGACAAAGAAAUAGAUAGAAUAUUGAAAUUGUUUAAGAGACAAAGGGACGAUCCACCGUUGCCUCGACACAUGCCAGCCAUCGCUGGGAGAUUGACCUGGGCUAAUUCGCUAAAGGUGCACCUUGACGAGCUGGCGACAUCCGUUUUCAAUCAUACAGUGCUGAAGACGCUACCCCUCACGUUGGAAUUAGAGAAGAGAUACAACCACGCUCUCAGCGUUCUAAACCAGUACAAGUCGGAUAUCGCUGAAGUAUGGACUCACCAAAACUCCUGGGUCAUCGAGGACUGCUUGAAACGAUCCCUGCUAGUGAUCGACGAGAAGACAGAGAAAAUUAAAGUGAACUUGGAAGGACGCGUCGUCCUUCUACUCCGCGAGGCUGACUGCUUGGCCAAGCUCAACCUGGAGAUCCCAAUCGUCGCGCUAACGAUCCUGGCGAGGAAGGAUCAUUUCACUCUGAUCACCGAUUCGCUUCACCUGAUGAUCGAGAACUUCGUUUGCACGGCCAGACGCGUGAAACUGGAAGUUAGGCCACUCCUCUUGCCGCAUUUGGUGCGCGUUGCUUCGUUGCUGGAGCCUGGCUUGGUGUCCCUCACCUGGACCAACCCGGAAUGGAAGAACUUUUAUCAGAACACUAAGGAACAGAUCAAAGAGUUCGAUAUUCUUAUCACGAGAGUUCAUGACGUCUAUGAUAACAGGAUCCUCCAAGUGCUGACAAGUAUGCAAAAGAUCACGUUACAUUCUCUACCAGAAUCCGAUCAACCGUGGACGAUAGAGGAAUUCGUGGAGAAGACCGAGGAAAUAUGCAGGCUCGCAGCGGUAGAUUUAUAUCGUAAAAGUAUGAUGGUGGAAGAGGCAGUGGAGGAAGUACUGGACCUUGUGAAGAACGCCGCGGAAAACUUCAAAAGCGCCGCCAAUCACAGCCAAUUCGAUUUCUUUAAUAACGAAGAGGCUGACGAAGACGUGGACCAAGCUGCCCAGCAAGACUGGUCGCUGGUGUGGAAUUUGUUCGACGAUCCUCAUCAAUUGCUGGCGACGCCCGGCAGCCUUCCAAACGGAAUGCAGGACAUGGUGCGAAACGCAGUAUCCGAGAUGCGAAGAUAUUACUCCAGGAAGGUCGUCGAUGUUCUCAUUAAAGUCACCAGAAGCUCGUUGGACGCCAUCAGGAAACGAUUCAUUCGGGAAAUAGAUCCAGAGGAGACACCGAAUCCGAUAUUCCUCCUGCAUGCGACCUUGAUGAUACCUGCGGUGACUGUCAAGCCUAGCUUAGACGAUGUGCAGGAAGUUCUGACAUUAGUUGGUAAAACGAUUGCUGGGGUCGCGAGAGGAGUUUCGCAGUGGAAUUCUAGAGUUAACAAGAGUUCUUGGGGACACGCCUACCCAAAGAAGAGCUUCGCUGACAUAGUGAUGCGAGCUCAACUGCAGGCUGCGAAGAAGAAGCAAGAGGAGCCCGAAGACCCGAAAAUUAGAAGACGACGAUUGUACAAAAUUCUUUCAGAGGAAAGGCCGAUCUUCCCGGAUCAAGAGAGGAACUUUCAUGCUAUGGUCACCGACAACAAAGAGAUAAUGAAGCUUUUGUCUAUAUUGAACACCUGCAUGCUAGAAUUCAAACCAGAUCUAACAGAGUUCAUUCAUCGAUGGAAACCUUACAAAUUCCUCUGGAAGAACGAACGUAGCAUGCGAGAAUUGUUACAAAUUUCUCUACCAGAAUUCGAAGCCACUCUUCGAAAACAUAGCGAACUCGAGGACCUUUUGGCCACCGAACCCGAUAUGAUCAUUUUUGGAACUUCCAUCGCCAUUUCCACGGAGAAGUUGAAAUAUGGCCUGUAUACGGAAAUCAAAGCGUGCACCCACAAAAUAGGCCAAGCCAUGAAGAAGAAAUACAGACGCGAGAUGGAGUACGUCUACGCGCUGAUGAACGAAAUGGAGCGCAAACUGGAUCGCCAGAUCCGCGACCUCGACGACGUGCGUCUGAUCAUGGACACCCUGAAGAAGAUUCGCGAGCAGGAGGUAGACAUGGAGCUGAAGAUCGAUCCGAUCGAAGAAGCAUUCAACAUCGUCACGCGAUACGAAGUGCCAGUGGAUCAAGAGUGCCUGGAACAGGUCGACAAUCUGAGGUACACCUGGCAGCAGUUGCUGAAGAGAGCUCUAGAGAGUCACGUGUUACUGUUGAGGCUGCAACCGCAGUUCGAGGAAGACCUCAGGAACAACCUCGAGAAGUUCAGGACCGACAAUGAAAUGUACUGCGAGGAGUACAGGUCGUCAGGCCCGAUGCAACCGGGUCUGAGCCCGAGGGAGGCCUCGGAUAGGCAGAUCUUGUUUCAGAAUAGAUUCGAUGGCAUGUGGAGGAAGCUGCAGACUUACCAAAGCGGCGAGGAACUCUUUGGUUUGCCCAUCACGGAUUAUCCUGAAUUGUCGCAGAUCAGAAAGGAGCUCAAUCUGCUCCAGAAACUGUACAAACUCUACAACGACGUCAUCGACAGGGUCAAUAGUUACUAUGACAUUCCUUGGGGUGAGGUGAAUAUCGAGGACAUAAACAACGAGUUAAUGGAAUUCCAAAACCGGUGCCGGAAGCUGCCAAAGGGCCUGAAGGAGUGGCCCGCGUUCUUCGCCUUGAAGAAGACGAUCGACGACUUCAACGACAUGUGCCCCCUGCUGGAAUUGAUGGCGAACAAAGCGAUGAAGCCGCGCCACUGGCACAGGAUCGUGGAGGUGACGGGCUACUCGUUCGACCUGGAAAGCGAGGGUUUCUGCUUGAAGAACAUCCUCGAGGCGCCUUUGUUAAAGUACAAAGAAGACAUCGAGGACAUCUGCAUAUCUGCUAUGAAAGAGAAGGACAUCGAGGCCAAACUGAGGACAGUGGUGAACGAAUGGUCGUCCCACGAGCUGACUUUCAUGACGUUCAACAACAGGGGCGAAUUGUUGCUGAGAGGAGACACCACUGCUGAGACGAUCGGUCAGCUCGAGGACAGCCUGAUGGUCCUUGGUUCUCUGAUGUCGAACAGAUACAAUGCACCGUUUCGCAAGCAGAUACAACAGUGGCUCACGGACCUCUCGAACACCAACGAGGUCCUGGAAAAGUGGCUGCUGGUGCAGAACAUGUGGGUUUACCUCGAGGCGGUGUUCGUUGGCGGCGAUAUAGCGAAACAGCUGCCAAAGGAGGCGAAGAGGUUCAGCAAGAUCGACAAAAGCUGGCAGAAGAUCAUGCAGAGGGCGCACGAGACGCCGGGGGUGGUGCCGUGCUGCGUGGGGGAUGAUUUGCUCAAGCAGCUUCUUCCGCAUCUUCAGGAACAGUUGGAGCUGUGCCAGAAGUCUCUGAGCGGGUACUUGGAAAAGAAACGUAUGAUGUUUCCAAGGUUCUUCUUUGUCUCGGAUCCCGCUUUAUUGGAAAUACUUGGCCAAGCAUCCGACUCUCAUACGAUACAAAAUCACUUGCUGUCUAUUUUUGACAAUACACGUUACGUUAAGUUUCACGAUAUCGAAUACAAUAAGAUGACCGCCAUCGUGUCAUCCGAAGGGGAAACCAUUUUGCUCGAAAAGGCCGUAAGGGCAGAAGGAUCGGUGGAAGCAUGGCUGACUCAACUUCUGCAAACGUCCCAGCAAUCUUUGCACUCGAUAAUCCGUCAGUGCUAUUCCAUGAUCAACGACACGAACUUCAAUUUCCUCGGGUUUCUUGACAAAAUGCCUGCACAGAUCGGUUUGCUUGGGAUACAAAUGAUAUGGACCAGGGACAGCGAACUAGCUUUGGCCCAAGCACGCGCUGAUAAGAAAAUUAUGACGGAAACGAACAACAGAUUCCUCGAUCUAUUAAACACGUUGAUCGAUCAGACGACCAGGGAUCUUGCAAAAAUCGACAGGACGAAGUUUGAAACUUUGAUCACUAUACACGUGCAUCAACGUGACAUCUUCGACGUACUGUGUCGCCUGAAUGUGCGAUCGGUGAACGAUUUCGAGUGGCUGAAGCAGUGCAGAUUUUACUUCAAAGAAGACCUCGAUAAAACAUCCAUAUGCAUAACAGACGUAAACUUCACCUAUCAAAACGAAUAUUUAGGGUGCACGGAUCGACUUGUCAUUACUCCGUUAACCGACAGGUGUUACAUAACCCUCGCCCAAGCAUUGUCGAUGUCGAUGGGUGGUUCACCCUGUGGACCAGCUGGCACCGGGAAAACGGAAACGGUGAAAGACAUGGGCAAAACCUUGGCCAAGUACGUGGUGGUCUUCAACUGUUCCGAUCAGAUGGAUUACAGAGGCUUGGGACGAAUUUACAAAGGCCUGGCGCAGAGUGGUUCUUGGGGUUGCUUCGACGAGUUCAACAGAAUCGAACUGCCAGUUCUGUCUGUUGCUGCUCAGCAGGUCGCUGUCGUUCUCGCAGCGAAGAAGGAGAAGAAAAAGCAGUUCGUUUUCACCGACGGCGAUCUGAUAGACAUGUGUCCCGAGCUCGGGAUAUUCAUAACCAUGAAUCCCGGAUACGCGGGUAGGAAGGAGCUACCCGAAAACCUGAAAAUACAAUUUCGUACCGUCGCCAUGAUGGUCCCCGAUAGACAAAUCAUUAUCCGCGUGAAAUUGGCCAGCUGCGGUUUCCUGGAGAACAUCACGCUAGCGCGAAAAUUCUACACGUUGUACAAGCUCUGCGAAGAACAGCUCACCAAACAGGUUCACUACGACUUCGGUCUGAGGAACAUACUGUCCGUGCUGAGAACUCUGGGGGCGUCGAAGAGGGUGAACUCGAAAGACUCCGAGAGCACGAUCGUCAUGCGGGUUCUGAGGGACAUGAAUCUUUCGAAACUCAUUGACGAGGACGAGCCACUGUUUAUCUCUUUGGUGGCGGACCUCUUUCCGAAUCAAGCCCUCGAGAAGACUUCUUACCCAGAAUUAGAAGCUGCUAUCAAUCAACAAGUGGAAGAGGCUGGUUUGAUCUACCAUCCCCCCUGGGUACUGAAAUUAAUACAAUUAUAUGAAACGCAGAGAGUGAGACAUGGUAUAAUGACUCUGGGCCCGACUGGAGCUGGGAAAACAACGUGUAUACACACCCUGAUGAAGGCCUUAACGCAGUGUGGCGAUUUUCAUAGAGAGAUGAGAAUGAAUCCAAAAAGCAUAACUGCCGCUCAAAUGUUCGGUCGACUAGAUGUAGCGACCAACGAUUGGACAGAUGGAAUAUUCUCAGCCCUGUGGCGUAAAACAUUGAAGCUGAAGGAAGGCGAACAUGUCUGGAUGGUCCUCGAUGGACCUGUAGACAGUAUCUGGAUUGAAAAUUUGAAUUCCGUCUUGGAUGAUAACAAGACGUUAACUCUGGCGAACGGAGAUCGUUUAUCGAUGGCUCCCACCUGUAAGAUCAUCUUCGAGCCCCAUAACAUCGAUAAUGCGAGUCCUGCGACGGUAUCUCGCAAUGGGAUGGUGUACAUGAGCUCUUCAGGUCUGGACUGGAAUCCUGUAGUCACUGCUUGGUUGAAAUCUCGAACACCUUUGGAGCAGGAAGUCUUUGAACGAUGUUUCGACGAUUCCUUUGGGCAGAUUUCUUCGUGGGGCACUCAAGCAUUGACCCUAACCAUCGACGUCCUCCAAUGCAACAUAGUCAGACAGAUGCUGUGUCUCCUCGAAGGCCUCGUUCCCCCCGAGACGCCUAUAGAAGAAGACAAAGACGAAGAAGCAGAAGAACAGACUCGCCAACCGAUGACGGUGGAUCACUUGAAACGUUUCUACGUCUUCGCUUUGAUAUGGGGUAUAGGAGCCCUCCUAGAAACAGCCGACAGAGAAAAGUACGACUCGUACCUUCGCGAAAAUUUUGGUAGCUUAGAUCUACCCGUCUCCGAGAAGUACCCUGAAGCGAAGGUGUUCGAUUUUUACGUAACAGAGAAAGGUAAAUGGGACACCUGGACGAGCAUGGUGACCAACUACGUUUACCCAGAGUACUCCACGCCUGAUUACAGCAGCGUAUUAGUCCCCAUCCCUGAUAACGUGAGGAUACAGUAUCUAAUUGACUUGAUUGGCCAACAAGACAAAGCCGUCUUACUAAUAGGCGAACAAGGCUCAGCUAAAACGGUCAUGAUGAAGUCGUACAUGAAGAAGGCGAACGCGGAAACCACGUUGAGUAGAUCCUUCAACUUCAGCUCGGCCACCAGUCCCUAUCAAUUUCAGAAGACCAUCGAGAGUUACGUGGAGAAACGCAUGGGCAACACGUUCGGGCCCCCAGGUGGCAGGAAGAUGAUGAUCUUCAUCGACGAUGUUAAUUUGCCACAGGUAAACGAAUGGGGUGACCAAGUCACCAACGAAAUCGUACGUCAGACGAUGGACAUGAAGGGAUUCUACUCUCUGGAGAAACCUGGAGACUUCACCAGCAUCGUGGACGUCACGUUUCUCGCUGCCAUGUGUCAACCUGGAGGAGGCAGGAACGACAUUCCAUCGAGACUGAAGAGACAAUUCUGCAUCUUCAAUUGCACGUUGCCCAACGAGACCUCGAUCGAUCGAAUCUUCAGCGCGCUCGGCGAGGGCCACUACAACGUUAAAAGAGGAUUUUCAGCGGAAGUUAGGAAUCUCGUGAAGAAAAUGGUACCUCUGACGAGGAUACUUUGGGAAAGAACCAGAACCAAUUUGCUACCAACUCCAGCCAAGUUUCAUUACAUUUUUAAUUUAAGAGAUCUGUCGAGAAUCUGGCAGGGAUUGGUAGGCACUUUGUCGACCGUCAUCGAUCAGGAAAGCGUCCUGAUGUCGCUGUGGAAGCACGAGUGUAGUCGUGUUUUCAGCGACAGAUUUACUAUACCAGCUGACAAACAAUGGUUCGAGGAAGAAAUAGUAAGAGUCACGAGAGACAAGUUGGGGGAGAAGUAUGUCGCCAUGUUGGAUCUGAAUCCUGCAUUCGUGGACUUCAUGAGAGAUGCCCCAGAACCGACCGGCGAAGAAGCCGAAGACACCGAUGUAGAGCUCCCAAAGGUGUACGAACCAGUCUACGACGAUCAAGUCCUCCGAGACAGGCUGGAAAUGUUCCUUGCGCAAUUCAACGAGAUGCAGAGAGGGUCUGGCAUGGACCUGGUCUUCUUCCCUGACGCCAUGCUGCACUUGGUGAAGAUAUCCAGAGUCAUCAGGCAUCCCAAAGGAAACGUGAUGCUCGUGGGUGUCGGAGGAUCCGGCAAGCAGAGUCUCACGAAGCUCUCCUCCUUCAUCGCAGGCUACAAAACGUUUCAAAUAACUCUGACGAGGUCGUACAACGUGGCGAACUUUUUGGAAGACCUCAGAUACCUGUAUCGAACUUGCGGUGCCCAGGGGAAGGGAACCACGUUCAUCUUCACUGAUCUGGAUAUCAAAGAGGAAGGUUUCUUGGAAUAUUUGAAUAACAUCCUCAGUUCCGGCGUCAUCAGUAACUUGUUCACGAGGGACGAACAGCAAGAGAUCAUUUCCGAAUUGACGCCUAUUUUGAGACGCGAGAACCCCAAACGCUCGAUUAAUAACGAACUCGUGAUGGAUUUCUUCCUCCAGAGGACCUGCCAAAAUCUGCACGUGGUGUUCUGUUUCUCCCCAGUAGGAGAGAAAUUUCGGAACCGUGCUCAACGUUUCCCAGCACUCAUUUCCGGCUGCACCAUCGACUGGUUUCAACCGUGGCCCAAAGACGCUUUAGUAUUAGUCGCUAAGCACUUCUUGCACGACUUCGACAUCGCUUGCACUGGUGAGGUCAAAGUUGAGCUGGUAAACGCCUUAGGCUCUAUACAGGACAUUGUUUCUGUGACAUCCGCGGAGUAUUUUCAAAGAUUCCGUCGUGCCACCCACGUCACGCCCAAGUCUUACCUAAAUUUCAUCAGUGGCUACAAAAACAUUUAUCGCAACAAGCAACACGAGCUGGGCGAAGGAGCUAGGAGGAUGGACACUGGAUUGGCUAAGCUCGAAGAAGCUUCGAUAUCGGUCGAGAUCUUGAAGAGAGAUCUCGCGGUGAUGGAGCAAGAGCUGGUCCAAGCUUCUGAAAAAGCAGAAACAGUCCUGUUAGAAGUAACCGAAAGAGCAAUGCAAGCUGAGGCAUUCAAAAACCAAGUGCAGAAAGUGAAGGAGAAAGCUGAACAGUUGGUGGCUUGUAUCGCAGAUGAAAAAGCAAUCGCAGAGCAGAAACUGGAAGCUGCUAAGCCAGCGUUGGAAGAGGCAGAGGCUGCGUUGAACACGAUCAAACCAGCUCACAUAGCUACAGUUAGAAAGCUAGGCAGACCUCCUCAUCUUAUAAUGAGGAUCAUGGAUUGCGUGUUAAUCUUGUUCCAACGCAAGAUCGGAUCGGUUGUUCCAGACUCGGCUGCGCCCUGUCCAAAACCCUCUUGGUCGGAGUCGUUGAAACUAAUGGCCAGCACCACGUUCCUUCUCCAACUGCAAAACUAUCCAAAAGAUAUAAUAAACAACGAGAUGGUCGAACUGCUGCAACCUUACUUCAAAAUGGAAGACUACAACAUGGAAACCGCCAGACGUGUUUGCGGCGAUGUAGCAGGCUUGUUGUCCUGGACGAAAGCCAUGGCUUUCUUCCAUUCCGUCAAUAAAGAGGUGCUUCCAUUGAAGGCUAACUUGGCUCUGCAGGAAGCUCGGCUAAAAGUGGCCAUGGAAGAUCUAGCGAACGCUGAGAGGGAAUUGUCAGAAAGGGAAAUGGCACUGCAGGCGGUGAAAGAGCAAUACGACUCUGCAGUUUCGGAGAAACAGAGACUGACCGACGCUGCGAAUGUGUGCUUUAGGAAAAUGACGGCUGCGACAGCGUUGAUCAAUGGUCUGGGAGGUGAAAAGAUACGCUGGACAGAGCAAAGCAGCGAAUUCAAGGUUCAAUUAGGACGAUUGGUUGGAGAUGUUCUACUAGCUACAGGAUUCCUUUCGUAUUGCGGACCCUACAAUCAACAAUACAGAGCUAGCUUGGUGUCUUCUUGGAUGAACAUCUUGGCAACCAAAUCCAUUCCUUUCACCACGAACCUAAACAUCACGAACAUGCUCGUCGACAGUGCGACCAUGUCGGAGUGGACGCUUCAAGGUUUACCAAACGACGAGCUCUCCGUGCAGAACGCGCUCAUAGUGACCAAAUCCUCCUCGUAUCCUCUGCUAGUAGACCCUCAAAACCAAGGAAAAAUGUGGAUCAAGAACAAGGAAUGCAUGAAUGAAUUACAGAUCACGUCUCUCAAUCACAAAUACUUCAGGACUCACCUCGAAGAUAGCCUCUCCUUAGGCAGACCGUUAUUGAUCGAGGACAUAGCUGAAGAAUUGGAUCCAGUUCUCGACAACGUGCUCGAGAAAAACUUCAUCAAGUCUGGUUCCAUCGAGAAAGUGAUCGUCGGCGACAAAGAGUGCGACGUUAUGCCAGGAUUCAUGCUGUACAUCACCACGAAGUUACCAAACCCAGCGUACAGCCCUGAAAUUUCAGCAAAAACGUCGAUAAUCGACUUCACGGUCACAAUGUUGGGCUUGGAGGAUCAAUUGUUGGGUAGAGUGAUCCUCAUGGAGAAGGCGGACUUGGAGGCCGAAAGGGUGGCUCUCUUCGAGUCCGUCAUGACGAACCAACGAUCGAUGAAAGAACUCGAGAGCACGCUUUUACAUCGACUCACGUCCUCCGAAGGUUCUUUAGUGGACGACGAGGCCCUGAUAAACGUCCUCAGAGAGACCAAAACAACAGCUGAGUCGGUGAACGAGAAACUGAAGGUGUCCGCCUUGACAGAAAAGAAGAUCACCCUGGCCAGAGAAGAGUUUCGCGCUGUUGCUUCGAGAGGAUCUAUCCUCUACUUCCUCAUCGUGGAGAUGAGCAACGUGAACGUGAUGUACCAGAAUUCCUUGAGGCAAUUCCUAACGAUAUUCGACAAUUCCAUCACGAAGUCCGUCAAGAGCCCCAUCACCAACGAAAGAAUAAAUAUUAUCCUCCGUCACCUCACUUACGAGGUGUGGGCGUUCACUUUGAGGAGCCUGUACGAAAGGCACAAGUCCUUGUUCACGCUGAUGCUGGCGAUGAAGAUAGACUGUCAUCGAGGCGCGAUUUCUCACGCGGAAUUCAACGCGUUCAUAAAAGGAGGCGCGUCGUUGGAUCUGAACGCUGUUUCACCGAAACCUUUCAGGUGGAUCCUUGACAUAACUUGGCUGAACUUGGUGGAGAUCAGCAAGCUGGAAAGUUUCUCGGAUAUCUUGACUAAGAUCGAAUUCAGCGAGAAGGAGUGGCAAGUGUGGUACGAGAGAGACAGGCCCGAGGAAGAAGAACUUCCUUGCGGAUAUCAAAAGAAGCUGGAUGUCUUCAGAAAGCUCCUUUUGAUAAGGUCGUGGAGUCCUGAUAGGACACUGUCCCAGGCGAGGAGAUACGUGCUCGAAUCGUUGGGAAAGGAGUAUGGGGAAGCUAAAAUUUUGGACUUGGAGGCCACUUGGUUGGAGUCUGAAGUUAGAACUCCGCUUAUAUGCAUAUUGUCGAUUGGGUCGGAUCCUAGUCCUCAAAUCACGGCUCUAGCAAAGCUGAAAUCUAUUCAGUUGAGAUCAGUGUCCAUGGGUCAAGGUCAAGAGUUCCACGCUCGAAGGUUGAUAUCAGAUGCUAUGAAUGCUGGCGGUUGGGUGUUGCUGCAAAAUAUCCAUUUAUCGCUUCCUUUCUGCACGGAAGUGAUGGACGCCCUCGUUGAAACGGAAACUGUCCACGAGGCGUUCAGACUUUGGAUGACCACCGAAGUGCACACCCAGUUUCCUAUUGGUUUACUGCAGAUGGCGAUCAAAUUUACAAACGAGCCACCUCAAGGUAUCAGAGCCAGCUUGAAGAGGACGUACCAAAGCGUGACCCAAGACUUGUUGGAUUAUAGCACACAAUCACAAUGGCCUCCUCUGUUGUACGCUGUUGCAUUUCUUCAUACCGUGGUCCAAGAACGUAGGAAGUUCGGACCUCUUGGCUGGAACAUACCGUACGAGUUCAAUCAGGCUGACUAUGCUGCUUCGGUCCAAUUUAUACAGAAUCAUUUGGAUGACAUGGACCCGAAAAGAGGAGUGUCGUGGCCAACUGUCUGCUAUAUGCUCGGAGAGGUUCAAUACGGCGGCAGAGUCACAGACGACUUCGACAAGCGAUUGCUAACUACCUUUACACACGUUUGGUUCUGCGACGUAUUGCUAAGACCAGGCUUCGAGUUUUAUCGCGGAUACAAGGUGCCGCAGACCAGAAAUCUUCAAGGAUACUUGGAUUACAUGGACAGUCUGCCCGCCACAGAUACCCCAGAGGUUUUCGGAUUGCAUCCGAACGCGGACAUCACUUACCAGAUAAACACAGCGAAAGGGAUACUCGACACGAUUCUAAGUGUCCAACCCAAAGAGGGCGGUGCCCAAGGUGGCGAAACCCGAGAAAACGUUGUGUACAAAUUGGCUAGCGACAUGUUAGCGAAAUUACCAAAACAGUACAACUCUUUCGAGGUGAAAGAAGCUCUUCAACGUAUGGGAGCCUUGCUGCCGAUGAACAUAUUCUUAAGACAGGAAGUCGACAGAAUUACGAGAGUUAUCAAGGAAGUACGUACCACCUUGACGGAUUUGAAGCUUGCUAUCGAAGGUACCAUCGUGAUGAGCCAAGGCUUACGUAAAUCGUUGGACGCAAUGUACGAUGCUCGUAUACCGGAUAAAUGGCUCAAAAUAUCGUGGGAAUCGGCGACACUUGGGUUCUGGUACACGGAGCUUCUAGAACGUGACCAUCAGUUCAGACAGUGGUGUACCCAUGGUCGUCCUAAAGUCUUCUGGAUGACUGGUUUCUUUAAUCCUCAGGGAUUUCUAACUGCUAUGCGACAAGAGGUAACUCGGGCACACAAAGGAUGGGCUCUUGACUCCGUCGUUUUGCAGAAUUUGAUCACGAGAUUCAAUAAGGAGGACAUCAAGAAUCAGCCGCAGGAAGGAGUCUACGUUCAUGGUCUAUUCCUAGAAGGUGCUUCGCUUGAUCGUAAAACGGCCAAGUUGGUGGAAAGUAAACCCAAGGUCCUAUACGAACAGAUGCCAGUAAUAUAUAUUUACGCGAUAAAUACAACUGCAGGCAAGGAUCCAAAGCUUUACGAAUGUCCCAUAUAUAGAAAACCGCAAAGAACGGAUACAAAAUACGUAGGAUCGAUCGAUUUCGAAACCGAUCAUAAUCCUCGACAUUGGACACUACGCGGUGUCGCACUUUUAUGUGAUAUAAAAUAAAAUAGAAUUAAAUAUUCG